GGAGGAGGAGCGAACCGGGCUUGGGGGGCGGCUGCACAGUCUCUGGGAUCCCCAGGCCUGGAGGGGGGUCUGCGCGCGGCCGGCUGGCUCUGCCCCCCGUCCGGUCCGGAGCGGGCCUCCCUUGGGCCAGCCCGAUGUGACCGGGCCCAGCGGAGCCUGAGCUAGGAGCGGGUCCGUCGCGGAGCCGGAGGGCGGGAGGAACAUGACAUCGCGGAGAUGGUUUCACCCAAAUAUCACUGGCGUGGAGGCAGAAAACCUACUGUUGACAAGAGGAGUUGAUGGCAGUUUUUUGGCAAGGCCCAGUAAAAGUAACCCUGGAGACUUUACACUUUCUGUUAGAAGAAAUGGAGCUGUCACCCACAUCAAGAUUCAGAACACUGGUGAUUACUAUGACUUGUAUGGAGGGGAGAAGUUUGCCACUUUGGCUGAAUUGGUCCAGUAUUACAUGGAACAUCAUGGGCAAUUAAAAGAGAAGAAUGGAGAUGUUAUUGAGCUCAAAUAUCCUCUGAACUGUGCAGAUCCUACCUCUGAAAGGUGGUUUCAUGGACAUCUGUCUGGGAAAGAAGCAGAGAAAUUAUUAACCGAGAAAGGAAAACACGGUAGCUUUCUUGUGCGGGAGAGCCAGAGCCACCCUGGAGAUUUUGUUCUCUCUGUCCGAACCGGAGAUGACAAAGGGGAGAGCAAUGACGGCAAGUCUAAAGUGACCCAUGUUAUGAUCCGCUGUCAGGAACUGAAAUAUGAUGUUGGUGGAGGAGAACGGUUUGACUCUUUGACAGAUCUCGUGGAGCAUUACAAGAAGAAUCCUAUGGUAGAAACAUUGGGCACAGUACUACAACUCAAGCAGCCCCUCAACACAACUCGUAUCAAUGCUGCUGAAAUAGAAAGUCGGGUUCGAGAACUAAGCAAAUUAGCUGAGACCACAGAUAAAGUCAAACAAGGCUUUUGGGAAGAAUUUGAGACACUACAACAACAGGAAUGCAAACUUCUCUACAGCAGAAAAGAGGGUCAGAGGCAAGAGAAUAAAAACAAAAAUAGAUAUAAAAACAUCCUGCCCUAUCCCAAUCAGAUGUUUCUUCUGAUUAACAUCAUAUUCUUUAAAGAUGGGGAGUCUGAAGCAAAAGAACGUUAUUCUAUUGACCACACCAGGGUUGUCCUACACGAUGGUGAUCCCAAUGAGCCUGUUUCAGAUUACAUCAACGCAAACAUCAUCAUGCCUGAAUUUGAAACCAAGUGCAACAACUCAAAGCCCAGAAAGAGUUACAUUGCCACACAGGGCUGCCUGCAAAACACAGUGAAUGACUUUUGGCGGAUGGUGUUUCAAGAGAACUCCCGAGUGAUUGUCAUGACAACAAAAGAAGUGGAGAGAGGAAAGAGUAAAUGUGUCAAAUACUGGCCUGAUGAGUAUGCGCUAAAAGAAUACGGGGUCAUGCGCGUUAGGAACGUCAAAGAAAGUGCUGCUCAUGACUAUACGUUAAGAGAACUUAAACUUUCGAAGGUUGGACAAGCUCUACUCCAGGGGAAUACGGAGAGAACGGUCUGGCAAUACCACUUUCGGACCUGGCCGGACCACGGAGUGCCCAGUGACCCCGGGGGCGUGCUGGACUUCCUGGAGGAGGUCCACCAUAAGCAGGAGAGCAUCACGGACGCGGGGCCUGUGGUGGUUCACUGCAGUGCUGGAAUUGGCCGAACAGGGACGUUCAUUGUGAUUGAUAUUCUUAUUGACAUCAUCAGAGAGAAAGGUGUCGACUGUGACAUUGACGUUCCCAAAACCAUUCAGAUGGUGCGGUCUCAGAGGUCAGGGAUGGUCCAGACAGAAGCACAGUACCGAUUCAUCUAUAUGGCCGUCCAGCAUUAUAUUGAAACACUACAGCGCAGGAUUGAAGAAGAGCAGAAAAGCAAGAGGAAAGGGCACGAAUACACAAAUAUUAAGUAUUCCCUGACGGACCAGGCAACUGGAGAUCAGAGUCCCCUCCCGCCUUGUACCCCAACGCCGUCCUGUGCAGAAAUGAGAGAAGAUAAUGCUAGAGUCUAUGAAAAUGUGGGUCUGAUGCAGCAGCAGAAAAGUUUCAGAUGAGAAGACCCGCCAAGACUUCAAGCACAGAAAUAGAUGUGGACUUUCCCCCUCUCCCUGAAAAGAUCAAGAACAGAUGCAAGAAAGUUUACAUGAAGAAUGAAUUUGAAUUUGGAAGGCUUGCAUUGUGGUUGACUACCUUUUGAUAAGCAAAAUUUGAAACCAUUUAAAGACCACUGUAUUCUAACUCAACAAUACCUGAUUUCCAAUUACUCAUGUCCUCAGAUAAGAAGAAAUCAUCUCUAUGAUGUAGACAGUGUUAUAUUUUAUGGAAUUUUAUUUUAAAUUGAGGAAGCAGUUAAAUUGUGCUCUAUAUUUUCCAGAUGAUGGUGAUUGAAAUUCUAGUUAUUGUCAUUUUUUCUUUUGAUAACCUCAACAAACUUAGUUUCCCCCCUGCUUUGUGGGGAAUGAUAGGGCACUUGUAAGAGGAAAAAUGAUUGGGGAUAAUUAAGUAACAACACCCUAUAGAAGUGAGAACAAUUUCAUUUAUCAUCACUUAUCCAGUAGUGGAUAAUGCAUUUUGAUGGCCUCUUAUUUUGGCUAAAUAAUAAUUAAGCCAGUGCCCCAGACUGUCUCCCCUUGCAUUGCCAUUGAAAAAUCAUGGGGGCGGAAAUCAUGGGAACUUAGGAUAAAAGGCAUGGUUUCUUCUUAACAGCUGACCAAUUACCAUUCAGCCUGUUGACUGAGAAACUCGUGGUGGGAAAACGUUUGUCAUCUUUUCUUUUCAUUUGAGUAAUUGUAUUUAGGAAAAAAAUGCACCUAUGGAUAACCAGUUUUGGGUUAUCACUUGUUGCUGACAAACCACCUGAAAACUGAGUGGCUUUAAACAACAACUGGCUUUUCCCCAUCUCUUCAAACUGGGCUGGGCUCAGCUGAGCAGUUCCUCUCCUUGUCUUGCUGCUGUCACUCGUGGUUGGCAGGAUGGCUGGGCCUCUCCAUCUGCAUGCGGUCCUCAGGUCUCACCUUCUCCACGUGGCCUCGCCCACAGGGUAGCUGGACCACAUUUAUGGCAGCUCAGAGGUCCCAAGGGUAUAAAGCAGUAGUGGCCAGGUUUAAGACUUAAACCCAGAACUGUCACAGCAUCACUUCUACUGCCUUCUAUUGAUUAAAACCAGUCCCAGGCCCAGCUCCAAUUUGGGAAGAGGAGACUGCACGAGGGCAUGAAGUGGAGGUGAGGUUCCUUGGAGGCCCCCAGUGUAACAGACCGUCAGAACCAGUGCCAUGGAAAAACAGCUAAAAAAAGAGGUUAGCAAAAGUAGAAGCUGCUAGUGACCUUGGGAAGCUGAAGCUGGUUAUGAUAGCUGCUGUAAGCUGGAAGUCAGGCAGAAACAGAGGGCCUUCAGCGAGCUUCCUGAACCAGUUCUGCUGGCUCUUAGCGUAUGUUCUAAACCAUUGCUUUGGGAAACUGGUCUCUUAAGGUUGGGUGUGUUCGGGAGGGCAGAGCAUUUAAAGCAGAGCCGCCUCAUUGCCCUGGCUGCUGCAGAGGGAGGUGAAUGGGGUGCUUUCUUCACGCCCCUGGCUUCAGUCGGGCCCCACACCCAUGCACGCAGUCAAGGCUGCAGUGCGGAGGGGCAGUUCUCAUGAGGCCACUAGUCAGAUUGAAUUAGCAGUAGCUCAUUUUUGUUUUAACCAAGCAGUAGGAUUUGCUAAUGUUCUACCUGAAGUGCCUUCUCCAAAGACAUCCCUCUUUGCCCUGUGUGUUGAAUCAUCAUUCAAUGAGUGUAUUUCAAUUGAAGCAUCAUUGGUGGACUUUGUAAAGAUAAUAAAAUGCCAUGGCAGCUUUGCCGUUAAGUCAUGAUCUCCUUAAUCGAAUUCUUCUUGCUUUGUCUCCAGAAAAGGAAGGACUAGAUCCAACCCUGUUAGUAGCUCCUUUCUGAGGUCUUUACCUCCUUUGAAACCCUGAGGUUGUUUGGGGAGAGCCUGGCUGCCAUUUUCACAGACAAAAUUACAUUGACUUCUCCCCCCACCUCCCCUCCCCCCCAUCCAUUGAACUUAGAAUUGUUGAAGGUAAAUUACCUUCUAAGAGGAAUGUAAAUGACUGCUGUCUUCUUGUCAAGCCUGUAAAGAAAGAGAUUCCAGUUCAGUACUUGCAACAAGGAUCUUGAAUCCUGUUAUUUGUAUUGCAUUGUCACAUUGAAUGGUCCUCGUUUUUGCGAUAACGUUUUGACUCUGGACUUUGGGGGCAAGGUCUUUCACCAGCAUACAAGGAUUUGAUUGUACAACAUAUCUGCUGCAUUAACGUCUCUGCCUGUAGCUUAAGAUCAGUUGUUUUUGCACUUGGAAACACCUGAUCCUGGCCAGCUUCGUUUGUAAUAGGACAUUGAUUUCAUUUAGAUUUCCCUCCACGAAGUCAGCACCUAUUAUGUGGUGUAAACUGAUGCCAAGACAAGAUUAAUAGUCCCUAGGUUGCCUAGGUUUGUCGUGUGUUUGGUAAAGGUGAGUGCAGGUUCUCCGGUAAGAUUACAUGGGAUGGAUUCACGUGGAGGGGCUGUGAAGAUGGGGGAGGGGGAGGUGAGCUCGAGGUGCGGGUGUAAAAAAAACAGUGGAAAUGGAAGUUCCAAAGAGGUGGUUUCUGAGGAAGUCAGAGGGCCUGGGACCACAGCAGUCAGUAAUAGUUGAAUCAGGUUACCUGGAAAAUAGGUGUGAUAGCUACACGUCUGCAGUCUGCUUCUGGGUUGCUGGUAGACAUUAAAUUUGCACAAUAUUCCCAUAGCUGGCUAAGUAUUUUAGAAUUACAAGCAUAGGAUUUUAUAUUUGGGGUGAAGAAAUUAUCUGGCAUGUGGUAUUGGGGUUUUUUAAAAAAGCCAAAUUUCAGAGUCUUAAUAGCCUGUUUUUUUUUAAAAAAAACAAAACAAAACAAAACAAAAAGACACCUUGUAUCCAGUGUGUGGCCCUCCUGAAAAUUGUGGUCAUCUCGCCCUUUGAAAUCGGUGACUUUCCAAAUGUGGCUAAACGGGGAUGAGAAAAUACAUGUACUACUUUCUUGGGUGUUCGUGCAUUCUUUACGUAGCCCAGUUGCUUUGGAACAGCCAAGAAAAUCAUCAAGAUUAUUUUUAGGGGUUAUUAAGGGGUUACUAGGGUUUUUAAGAACUAAUAUAAUGUCCUGGGUUAUUUCUAGUUCAGAGGAAUGUGGAAAAAGGUAUGCAAUUGUGAAGUGUUCUGUUGUAGCUUGUUAAUCCGUAAGGGAAACUUAGACUGUAGACGUAAGUACAAACCCAGUGCAGUUUUUGUUUUCUGUAUGUUGUUGGCGGAAUAAAGUUUUACAUCGUAAGCACAUGGCCUCCCUGAUUUCAAUAUGCCUUUAUUAGGAUCUGUAUUAGCCCUUAAUUUCGUUAAAAUCUUUUUUCCUCUUCCUCUUGAAAAAUAAGUUCCAAAAUAUAGUUUAUUAUAUCUUCCAUCCUUAAAAAGUUUGUUCCUUUUUUACUAUGGGCAGUUCACAUAAGGCAAAAAUAUUAAACAGUUGGUUUUAGUGUGUUGUAUAACUUUGCUGUAUAUCAAACUAAUUUUUACAAGUUUUCAUCCUAAACCUCAAAUCAUGUAAUUAAUAAUUUGCCUGUUUAUUUAUGACCUAGUUGUGAUUCUUUUAUUAAUAAAAGCUAAUGGAAAAGGAUCCUUUAUUAAGUCGAUGACUAGAUCUACAGUUAAUUUUCCUGCAGUAUAUGAAGUAUUGUACCAGAGUAUUAAAAGAUAUGUAAUAUUUUAUUGAUAAAUCUCUCCUUUAAAAGGAAUACGUUUUAGGAUGUCAUCACUUUGGUGUGAAUCAUGUAAAUGUUGAUAAUAUGCACUGUUUAUUAUACAUUAGUGUUUCAAGAGAUUCACUUAAUUGCCUUUUUGCCCACGUAUAUUAUGUAGUCUAUUUGCAAUUGUUUUAAAAAAAAUGACAUUAAAAGAAUAGUUUAUGUAGAGAAACAUUAGUGGAUGUUAAUUGUCUCCUCGCCUGUAUUUAUGGGUGUUAGUUCAACUGCUUUGCUAGUUGCAAAGCCGUAUUAUCAGAGUAAAAGUGUAUUUGUAAACUGUAUGGGAACUAAAAAUUAGGAAUAAAACCAUUUUCGUAUAUUA